AUGACAAAGUUCAAUGCGAAAUUUGCCAUUAUAAAAAAAACAGCAAUCAUGAAACGCUCAUUCUGUUAUUUUUUCACCUUUAUUAGUUCCCUAAUUUUCCAAGCUGCUUCACAACAAUCACAACAGACUUUAAGCGGUGACGCUGCCACUUGGAAGUCGAGACAAACUCAGAUAUCCAACUUAUUCCAUUUCAUCUGCCCCCGAAACAAGGACCAGAUAAAUGCCGUCAUGUCAGAUUUCAACCCUUUAAACUACCUGAACCUUUACAGUAACCCCACCACUGUAAAGGAAUACAUUGAACAACUUCAUGCAGACCAACUUUACAAGAGGUGGGAUACCUUCAUCAAACGAUGGAGACAUUUGGACGAAAUGACAACAAUCUUCGAAAUUCUUUACUUCAUCGAUGUGUCGCAACCCGUCGGCUGGGAUUUAUUUUACAACACGACGUCCUACUUAUCUGUCCGGGUCAAUGUGGGACAAUUCGUCUGGGCCACGGGGACACUGUUUUCUACAAAGUUUUUCGGAUUAUUGUCCCCACCCGUAUUUUAUGACACGCUGCCACAGUUGUACACCCGGAAGGAAGUGAUCCGAAGCAUGAAUCGGCUUCCGGAACCACCUCCGCCACCUGCUGGACAUGUCGACGUGUAUGACGAGCCCGCCUACUGGAUACAGGACGCGAGUUUGGAGUCAUUCCAUUUUUGGUGGCACACUGACCUCCCGAACGUCAUGGAUAAUAAAAAAUAUGGCUUCGUGUUGGACAGGAAGGGAGAGUUGUUUUUCUACACACAUCACCAGCUGAUGGGACGCUAUUUUGCGGAGAGACGCUCCAACAAUUUGGGGGACAUAGAGCCAAUUUCUUUAAGUGAUGAUUUCCUGCUCAGGAAAGGGUUUGAACCAGUCCGCUUGAAUUAUGACCUUGGCGAAUAUCCGACACGGGGCCCUAACAUGUCGCUAAAGCCACAGGAAGGAUUUCAAAUUCUUAGAGACUCCGAGACUCGCCUUUUGGAAGCAAUUCAAAACGGAUAUGCAAUAAAUGGAAAUAGGGAAGCGGUCCCACUUCACAAUAAUCCAGAGUCCUUUGCGUCCGACAUUUCGGGUAACGAUAUGUUUGGUGCUAUCGUAGAAUCGUCGACAUCCUCGAUAAAUAUUGACUAUUAUGGCUCCAUUCAUGGCGAUCUGCACGGAAACAUUGCUGACAUCAUUGAUCCAAGAUAUCCACAGGAGUUUCCCAUGCCAGGAGUGCAAGAUCAUCAAGAAGUCAACCUCCCGGACCCCACCUUUUACCAGAUUCAUCUCUACAUAGACAACUUGCAUAGACGCCACAAAUACGCAAGUCCUCAGAUACGAAGCGAAAAAGAACUGGUCGUCUCAGGAGUACAAUUACGAUCUCUGAAACUGCAAAGGAAGGGGACCCUUGGUUGGAAUAUUUGGCCUUGGACGCCCAAGGUACAAGUACUCACGACAUACUUUGAAGACGUGACGAGGGACGUGAGUAACGCUGUUGUAGAUUGUAACAGACUUUCGCAGGGUGAAAUAUUUCAAACAAAAGUACAACAACUCAAUUACCACGAAUUCGACUAUAAAUUAGAGAUAUGGUCAGGUCACAUGGGAGUAGAAAACUUCAUUGCACGUAUUUUCAUGGCACCAUAUCUCGGAGCGGAUGGGAAGCCUUCCUCAGAAGAUGACCUUCACUGGAGCAUGUUUGAAAUGGACAAGUUUCCAUUCGUUCUCAAGCCCGGAUUGAAUCGCCUUACGAGACCGAGUGGUCGGAGCCUGGUGUGCGUGGGGCAUGAGGACCAAAAACUUCGGAGAGCGUGUGGUUGGCCGCGUCAUCUCCUUCUCCCCAAAGGAACGGCGGACGGGUUGGCCAUGAAAUUGUUUGUCCUCGUGUCCCCUGCCCAAGCGGGACAAAAUGGGGGCGCCGUCUACACGGUCGACAAUGAGAUGAACUUUCCAGCUCUAAGCUUGUGUGGACAUCCUUGGGAGAAAUAUCCCGACGAUAAGCCCAUGGGAUAUCCUUUCGAUAAGAAAAUUCAUUUCGACCCCCCAUUCGCGGCUGGACUAAUAGGCCUUACAAAUUAUGGAUUUUAUGACGUACUAAUAAAGCAUGUCACUGUGAACUAUUGAUAAUACUGAUUAAUUACUAAUACUAAUUAAUUAAA